UCUGUUUAUCAGCCACCUAUAUAAUCCACAUAACAACCAUCAGUGUGUUUAAACACCUCAAUAGCACAGCCUACUUUUACUUGCGUACUUUGUCACAAUGCCUAAUUACUUGGCGCUGUGUAAAUGUGGAUUAGUAAGCUUUGUGUAUUCAGUUAGAAGAGUGCACUUGCCCCUUUGAAGUGCCGGCUGUACUUUGAAGGGCAAGCUCUUAACUUAGUCUUGUGCCUCAGCCAGAAAUGCUCAAGAGUUUCUAAUUUAAGCAGAAAUAAGGGGUGUUAAUUGAAACAGUAACUGAUUCUACAGUAAGUCUUGUGCCACAGCCAGAAAUCCGCAUAAGUUUUAAAAUCAAGCCGUCAAUAGAAUGUAUAAUUGAUACAUUGACGAAAUGUAUAAUUUUUCGUAUCAUUUUCCGUUUGUGUUGAAUUUCUCUGAACCAUUUCCAACCCAGUGUAGUAUAAUAGGCAGCUGACAAUGGAGACUGGUGGCUUCUUGUUUCCAAUUGUAUUGUCUGCUUGAAAAUGAUUUGAGGACAAAAGAGAGAGCUGAUGUAUAAGUCGUUGUCAUUCCUCCAAAUCAACAAAGUAGUCUUGAUAUUUAUAGCAACAUCUGAAGUCUGUACUUGACAAGGUGGAAUUGUUAUGGCAGCAAAAAAAGUGAGGUACAAGACAAUAGAAUUUAGCAAUAAAGUGUUGUGAUUCGAUAAAUGAUCGUUUUACAGUAGAUGAUCAGUUUUGGGAAGAAAUGGACAUAGUAGUAACAGACAAGGUACAAUUGUUUACAAGUUCUAAGAAGAAAUAUUAUUCCUGGUAAAAACAGCAGGAUAUGUUUAACUGAGAUAUUCCACUAAAAUUCAGUAAUGUAUCUGUUUUUUUUUAACAUAGGCAUGUACUUUGCUGCAGUGUUUUAUUAGGUGUUUACAAAAUGAGAAUCGAUCGUUCUGUACCAGAAGACAAGAGAACAGGAGUGUCCGUAUAUUAUAAUGAUUAUAAGAAAAGGUUGUCCGUUGAUUGCGCAAGACCAAUUCAUAAUUCUGGAUAUAGAAUAAAUAGACCACACCCACCCAAGAAUUUCCUUGACCCUCACCCUUCUAUAAGUGACCAGGGCUUGCAAUUUCAAACUCACUUAAGAAAAGCAGUGCGAAGAUACGUGGAUAAUUUGUAUGUGAAAGCAGAAGAGAAUCCGCCUGACAGGAGUUAUAACCCACAACCUGCAUUUAGUGUCAACCAGUCAUAUAGAGAUUCACCAGAUACACCUUUAACUGCAGGAGCAAACUACAAAAAGUCACCUCAGUUUUACCCCUGCAAUCAAACACUAAACGUUUCAUCUUAUCCUCUGAACAUAGUUGGAAGAAGUUGUUCUGCCCAACCUGCUAACUCAAUUAAGGCAGAGAGGCAGCCACCUCUUUAUUUACAAGGGGAAAGCAAAAGAGACAGAUCAGUAAGAAUAAACGAGGAAAUCCGGGAAAGUUCGAAGCUUAAAGUUACCAAGCCACAAAAAGGAUCUUGGCAAGCGCCAUCCUCUCCUUUGCCAAAUCGUUUACAACCCCACUGGGUUAGUCAAAGCAAACCAAAAAAUAAGCGAAUCUCUUCAGCUCCACCCGGUGUUAACGGAUACACACAUUACAUUCAACAACCGAAACGAAACAUGCAGAAACAUUCGGAUGAUAUGACUGCAAAGAUGGAAAAAUGGGCCAGUGGUGCAAGCAACUAUGAAAAACAAGUCAUUUACAAAAUGCUUGCGCAAGUCAGGCCAAACAAUACCCACUCACCUAGCACUCCAUGCACUUUCAACCAAGACGGCGCCGAUCAAUUCGUUGAAGCCAACGUACCGUCUCCAGAAUACGACCAGCCAUAUGAACAGUAUCCAUCAUUAACCGAUUACAGCAAACGGAAGAAGCGGAACGUACAUUCGGCUCCAAUCAAGAAAAUGGGAGGUUUAGUUACGUCAUCAACCCAGCACCCACCACGUGACCAACGGAUUUACAGGUUAAAAGGUCAAGACACCAGAGUCGACCCAUCUCCAGAAGAAGAGAGGCAUUUGAAUGGAUACAUGAACCAACUACAACAAAGUCAAUUCCAUCAAUCGAAAACAGAUCGAAAAUACGCGAGGGUUCCAAUGCAUACUUAUAUGCCUCGACAUUCGACUGGCGCUCAGGACUACCAGUGCAAAGUGAGCUUUUUCCAAUCGGUACGCUCUCCAUUCAAAAACCAUUUCGUCAUCCAUCCUGAUUUUACAUCGGAAACUGUAAAGAAACGAAAGCCGUGUAGUCACACAAUCACACAUUUCCGUUACUAAUAACUAUGAUCAGUUUCGUAUUUGGCACUGAUCUGGUGCUUAUAAAGUUGGACGACUCUCGUAACGAAAAAACAGUCAGGAUUAAGUGCUAUACGAAACACGAAAAAAACACAGAUUCUUGGAAGUACCACAAUUAUCUCUGACUAUUCGAUGGACAUAAUUUUUGUUUGUUACUUGUAGCACUUGACCCAACUGUUAUAUGGUUACCUUUUUCAUGCGCAAAUGAGAUUCCAUUAUACCUGUAACGUUAUUUCACAACACUCGUGUAUAAAUUCAUCGCAAUCUGUUUGUUUAAGUCAGUAUUGGGUUUACCUACCGUGAAUAUGCGGCUGCCUGCGCUUUAGUGCAAAUUAUAUUAGGCUUCGGUUAGUUCUCUGUACUUAAUUCAAUUUUCUGUCAUCUAAUAAAAUUUAACUUAAUGCGAA